GUACCUAUUGGAUCGUGUGAAUUGCAGAGUUACUUGCUGAAUAUGAUUCCUAAAAUAUAUAUUAGUUUAUUUGUCGCAAUGAGUGUGUUGCUGAGUAAAGUUUAUGGAUCUUGUCAAUAUUACGAGUACCAGUGUGGUGAUGGUAGUUGUAUUUCGGAUUAUCUACGAUGUAAUGGAUCUCCUCAAUGCUCCGAUAAUUCCGAUGAAACUGACUGUGGUCAAAUCUGUUACGAUUGUAACUAUAUGUAUGAUGUUGAUUACCCAGACUACUUUGGCUGUAUUGCUGGCAGAUAUCCGAAUAAUUGCUACCAAGAUGAAAUCUGUUUUACAAAAUACACGCAGUCUGGUAAUAAAACUUCUAUCUCACUUGGAUGCAUGAAUAAUGUGGAUUGCGAGACAGAAAAAGCACUGAAUGACCAAAGUUGCAACGAAGAUGAACCUGAUGCUAGUGAGACAGACUGUACAUUUUGCUGCAAUGACGACGUGUAUUGCAACGGUAGAUAGCUGAAAAGGAGUCCGUCAUUCCGCGUGUCACACUUCUAUAUAAUUAUGUUAUUAUUAAGACAUCAUAAAGAUUGGAGUGUAAUAAACCCCUAAAUAAAUACAACAGCGUAUAUUA